AUGGUUUCCAAGAUUUUCUUCUGGGGCGGCUUCGGCAUCGCCGUCCGUCUCUGGCAACUCGGUAUCGAAAUGCGUCCCAUUCUCGCCAAGCAGGGUCUCUGGGCCUACCCCGUCUUCGCAGGUGUCGGUGGAAGCUUUGGUUACUGGCUCCAGGGUGUCGAAGACCGUCAGCUUAAGAUUCUCGCGCAGCGCCGCGAAGCCAUCCUCGACAAGCGCCGGAGACGGGACGAGCGUGAAGGUCUGAGCAACAUUGAGAAGGAGGGUACUCUGGCUGCGACGCCGUGA